CUCAAAGCGCCAUUCGUUGUACCAUUCGCUGCACCAUUCGCUGCACCAUUCGCUCUGCCUCAUAAUACGACCUUGAGCAUUUUGGAAAUGGCGAGCUCAAUGGAUGCUCAGAUAGACCAACUUUCAAAAGGAAAAGAUACACACGGCGGAAACGGCAACGAAAUCCAUGACGAUGAUGACGAUGAUGAUGCUGAUGACUACCCACCUGAUAGCAAGAUCCAGGAUUUGUUCGAGUGUGUCCUAAAUGACUUGGUCAACGACGAGAGAUUCAUUCUGUCGUUCUUUUCUGACCUGACUAACAACGAAAAAUCAUAUACUUUCUCCAAUGACCGCAGUUUUGACCCCAAGCUCGCAUUUUACGCUACAUCUAAAUCUCAUAAUAUUCUCCAUCAUUUCAUCCAAAAUUUUAUACGAUUAAAACCCGAGAAGGCUAUAGUGAGCAGAUUCGUCAAUUUCAUCGGGCUUCUCCUGAAGCGCUUCCCUGACCUGCUGCUCGAUGGGUUGAAAGAUGAUAACAGCCCGCUCGAUGAGGCAGUUUCAGGAGAUGAUUGUCUUGAGAUUAUUCAAGCGAUGUGUGAGCAUGGAAUGGAGAGAGCAGAAAAUAGAUAUCCGAAUGGGGACCAGAACGGAACUACGAUUACACAUGAUGUAGCUGCAGCUGAUUCCGGCAAAGUGGGAAUAAAUGAGGGCGAGCAUGAAAUAUCUCCCAGGGUUGCUUGGUCCAAACUCGUCAAGAUAAACCGGGACACAUGUCUGCAUAAGGCGAUCAAAAAGAAGAAGAACGAUUAUGCGCAUUAUCUUCUUGCCAAGAUCGAACACGGCGGCGCUGUGGACAAGAUUCUGAGCCAUUUCGGUCAAGACGGCCUCACACCCCUUCAUCUGGCAGUGGACUUUUCAAGAUGCUAUCAAGAUCAGGUGGAACUUGUCGAGAAGCUCAUUGAUCUAUACCCCAAAGCGCUUACGCUAAAGUCCGGCCCCUAUUUCCAGAACCAACAAGUAAGCAUUGCAGGCACAAACAAAAAAUAUGCACAAAGCAACAACGGCCGUGGGGAUCGGGAUUCUGUAGCAGAGUUGAAGGAGAAUCUGUCCCCAUACCGGUACUUUAUGGACACAAGGGAACGGGAAGAGAACUGUGCCCUUGAACCGCCAGGAAGACUAAGAAAAGAACAACUCAGAUCACGCACCAAGAUAAGAGGCAAUGCAGAGGACGGAAGAAGGAUAGAGGAGCUUUUGAGACUCAGCUGUAUGCGCCACUAUGGUCGUGAUCGCACAACAAUUACAGAUCUCUUACCUCUAUCGCUUGGCCAGAUUCAUUUCGACCUUAACCCGCGGACAGAAGUGUCGCAAGAACUUCUGAACUAUAUAGCCAAGUCAGCAGUCAUGAGAUUUGAACCAUACCUGCAGUACGUGGGCGUACCAAAUGUGCGGGUAGUGAACGUGAGGAUGGAGAGGCUAGAGGCGGAGUCCUGGUGGGAAUCGCACAGUCGCAAAGAUUACGUCUACAUCUUCGAAUGGUUAAGGACGACGAUGAAGGUCAAGAGGAUUCUCAAGAUCGUUGUCGAAGACGACCCCAACAAUGUCCACAGCGACGAGGCAAUCGAACGAGCCGUUGCAAGCUUUGAUAUCGAGGAGUGGGAUUGGAUGAAAUUGGAUAUGUGUAGCGACACUAUUCUGGCAGCGGCCCGAAAUGUUCGUGACUUGUCCCUAUACUGGAGUGGUAACAGGGCUAUCCUUAAGAGCUGGGCCGCGUCAGAUGGGCUUGUUCUACUCAAAGAGUUACGAAAAAUACGGAUCAUGAUGCCAGAGUCUAUUGAGUCCCACGACAGAACGGACAACACUAUAUCAAAAUUCAAGAGCAACUUGGAAAUGUCCUGGGUCAAAUGCUGGGCUGAUGAAAUACCUUAUCGAAAGCCACCACAUAUUGACAUUCAGCCUGUUUUCACGCAAACAUAUAUGGCCAAGAAACUCUCGGAAACGGAGAGAGAAGAAAAAGGGCGCAAAGAGAAAUGGCUCAAAUGCAUGGAAAACUUCUCUCAAAUUCUGAAGAAGUGGACCAACAAUUGGCUAGGUAUUAAAGGGAACGUGUGGACGGAUGAAUAUGCGAUCAAGGUUGCCAUCAUUGACGACGGCCUAGACAUCGACAGAGACGACAUAGGUAGAAAUGUUGCUCUUGGCGAGACCUUUUAUGAUAACAAGGGCCAUUGGCCGGGUUUCUACCAGAGCGCGUACGGGCACGGCACCCUCAUGGCCAACCAGAUACGCCAGAUAUGCCCCAAGGUUCAACUGUACGUCGCGAAGUUAAACGAGGUCUGGAGCGACGGGAAACCACAGAUAACGGCAAAAUCUGCAGCUCAGGCAAUAGACUGGGCUCGCAAUAAUGAAGUGGACAUAAUUUCCAUGAGUUGGUCAAUUCAAACUCCCGAGGAGGUAGACCUAUUGGAGACGGCCGUGAAAAAGGCUCUUGAUGAUGAAAUCCUUCUCUUUUGCGCAUCGAACGACCAGGGCAACACAGGAGAGAUUCCGUAUCCUGCGCGGAUCAAACCGGAAAAGAUAUUCAAAAUCGGAUCGGCCACGGCGCUUGGUUUUCCAGAGGCCAAGGUACAGAAGUGCGUCGACUUUAUAGCACCGGGUUCCGAAUUCGUGAAGCGGGCAGCGCAUGAGGAUGAUCAAGGCUUCGCAGAGCCGCGGGCCGGUUCAUCGAUAGCAACAGCUCGGUGCGCAGGCUUGGCCGCAGUUAUCCUCCAGUGCAUCGUACUGUACCAGAAAUCCUAUGACAAAAAGCGUGUGCGCAGCCACAAAUACAUGAAGGCCAUGUUGGAGGAGCUGGUCGACAAGACGGAUAGCCACCACUACCUCAAGGUAUGGAAGGUCUUCGAGACGGCCCUAGAUAAUGCAAAGCUCGACAAGGAUUUCGAAUGGAAUGUCAUAUGCAAAGUUGCGGGCGUCUUCUUGGGGAAGAUUCCCUGGUUACCACAAUCGACCGCUCAGCCAGGCAACGCAGGUGGUACAUAAUGUCGAAUGGAAUAGAGGCUCAUAUUCAUGACUAUGCUGCGAGUAAUUCACCACGAGUAAUCUCCUCAUAGCUGAAAUAUCUGAUUGUUCUCAACUUAAGUCAGACUGUAUAGCCACAUAUUCACAAAAUACACCAUGAAACCUAGGAAGGCAAAUUUCAGAACAUCUAAGAAACGAUUCAGGUUUCAUCUUCUUGCCAUUCAACACUCUCUAUGACAGAUAAAGAGUGCAGAGUGUCUUCUUUUGUCCUUGUAGAUGUAAUAGAACCGCGCAAGUACUUCUGACUCUAAUGAUGCCAAAGGAAUUCACCUGAGGGCCCACCUAGGAUAUCUAUUUAGGUAGUCUUCACCAGGAAUAGAGCAUGGCUUUAUUCCUUGUCCAUUUCGCAAAUACCAUCAGAUAGACC